UCAAGGACCGUACGCGUCGCCACACCCAUCCAAUCCAUCGAUUCCGCAGCAGCACCAGUCGCCGUACGGAAAUCCGAUCCCAGGUCCGCCAGGCCAGCAGCAGGAAGUCCCCUACUACCCUGCCCACCCGAGUCCGUACAGCACGAACAGUGCUUCCGGAAGCUACACGUCCUCAGGUCAAGAACCCAGACCUCAUGGCAACCGCUACCAUGAACCGCACAUUCCCACCCAUCUACCACACGCCGCAGUCAAACUCGCCAGCGUCAGUGCAGUCACCGCAGCACGACCAGCAUGGACGACCUCUCUACGGGCAGCCGACGAGCCAGAUGCCACCACAGGGCAUGUACUACACGCCGUACCCAGUAGCACAGCAAUCGCCCUACGCCCAGCACCCGUCGUCCCAGCAGCACCAGCCGAUGGCCACCAACUCGCUUUUGAUGUCCCAUCAGCAAGGCCAGCCAAUGCAGCACCAAGGCUCGCACCCGCACACGCCUGGAUUGGGCAGCCCGAAGUCGCGAAUGUCCCAAGCUCCGCUUCAACGACCAGGAUCAGGACUGGGACCGCCUCAAGCCGCACCUCAAGGACCUCCAGUUGGACCUCCGAACAUGCAUCCCGGUGCUCCGGGCUCCAACGUCAACCCCAACGCAGCUCCCGGCCCCAUUCCAGCAACCACUCCUUUGGUCGUACGACAAGACCAGAACGGCGUCCAAUGGAUUGCGUUUGAGUACUCCCGAGACCGCGUCAAGAUGGAGUACACGAUUCGGUGCGAUGUCGAGUCCAUCAACGUCGACGAGCUCGCCCAGGAGUUCAAAACCGAGAACUGCGUAUACCCCCGCGCGUGCUGCCACAAGGACCAGUACAAGGGCAACCGACUUCAUUACGAGACCGAGUGCAACACCGUGGGAUGGGCGCUCGCCCAGCUCAACCCGUGCCUAAGAGGGAAGCGCGGCCUUAUCCAGCGCGCCGUAGACAGCUGGCGCAACAGCAACCAAGAUCCACGCCUAAGGAGUAGGCGGGUUCGGAGAAUGGCCAAGAUCAGCAAUAGGAAGGCCGUUCAGCAGCCGCAGCCCCAUAAUCACAUGGCAGGUCCUGUGCCGGGGUCUGCAGGGGGUCCGAAUUCGGCAGGCUUGGCCGCUCCAGGACCAAGGCAGCCUAGCAUGAGCAUGGGAGGGCCGCAGUUGCACCACCACCAUGAACAUCCAGGCGGUGGGCCUGGAGGGCAAGAUGACGUUAGCGCCGAUAAUGAGUAUCCUGAAUCGCACACUCACCACCACCAAGCCCCGAACGGCCAGUCUUCGCCACACGACGUCCGGCAAACGCAGAACUUUUAUCCGUCGUUCCCUACGAGCUCAUCGGUGGGCGAAUCAACCAUGCCGCCGAUCCACGAUGGAAUGGGGCAUUCCAGCGGCCGCGCCCCGUCCCAUGCGACGGCCGCGCCAGUAACUAAGCAAGAGGAGGAAGAGCGCAAUAUUGCGUUGUUUGGAGAUCUACCAGAUUCUAAGCGUCGCAAAUUCAUCCUUGUGGAUGAUGCGCAGCGAGGAACGCGAGUGCGCGUCCGAGUCAUGCUCGACCAAGUUCAGAUGGAAGAGAUGCCAGAUUCCUACCGCGAGAAGAACUCGGUAUUUCCCCGAUCGUAUUUCCCCAUGCAGAUGACCUCUCCGCCCACUUCUCCCCGUGGGAGCCGAGUGUUCAACGACGAAAUCGAGCCGAAUGAGGAGGGCGCUCCGCCAGUUUCGGGUUCCACGCUUGUUCCAGUCCCAAUGCUCGACGGGACGGAAGCGAGAGUCCCAAAACCGCGGAUGACGAGGCAAAAGCGACGCAAGGAGAUUACGCUCAAUGACUUGGGCUAUCGAAUGAGCUGGAGCCAGAGCCGGGUGUUCGCUAACCGGACACUCUUCCUGCAAAAAUCUCUGGACGCCUACCGCAACAAGAUGCGCAGCACCAUGGUCGCAGCAGGCAAAGACGUUACCGACGUUGCCCCGCACUUCGAGACGCGGGUUGGGAAGCGGCGGUGGAUGGAGCGCAGCAAGAGAGGUCGAGGGCGCGAGUCGUCUCCUUAAGAAUCUCACAAUCCUAGUUUCAACCCGCGCUCGACUCAGCAGUCGGAGCGCGGAACCCGAAAUCUCGCUCGAAACGCACGAACGCUCCGGAUGAACCUGCAUGUUCGCAUCCGAAGCGACGAGCAUGGCACCCUGGCUAGCGGGACCUCUUUCCCCAUCUGUCACGGACGGGUUUUGGAGGAUGCUGAUCGCUCACCCCAUUUUCCUCUGUAUCUUUCUUCGGGCAUCCCUGGUACGGCUAGGCGCUUUUUGGUGUGGGCCGCUGGCAUGCUGAAACAUCAGUGUGC